GGUAAUUUGGCCAUAAAAUACGAGCGAAGACAUCGUACAACUGAGGUCAAACAGUUGGUGGUUGUUUGAAGUUUGUAGCUUGGUCGGCUUUAUCUCCCGUUCUCCUUAACUUCAUCCAUUAAUCCAUCUCAUGAUUUCAUUCCCUUGCAUCUACUGUCCAAGCAUCCGAAUGGUAAAAAGCUAAAUCCUCACUCAAUCUUCCUCUCGCAAGUGAAUUAGGAGCACAAACAGUAAUCAAACGGAUUAGGAGAAUUGCAGGUGGGAAUGCUGUUCCCUAAGGAAUUUUGGGUCGCCAUAGUUGCGGCGGCGGUUUUGUGGAGCGCCGGAGGAGCCUACGGGAUCAGAUUCGUCAUUGACAGAGAGGAGUGUUUUUCGCAGAAGGUGGAAUUGGGGGAGACGGUGCAUUUUUCAUUCGUGGUGAUUAAAUCCGAAAAUUCUUGGCGUUACAGUGAAGACGGCGUUGAUCUUUUGGUGAGUGGACCACAUGGUCAACAGAUUCACGAUGUGCGCGAUAAAAUCAGCGAGAAGCAUGAAUUUAUUGCUAAUCAUGAUGGUGUACAUCGUUUCUGUUUCACAAAUAAAUCUCCGUAUCAUGAAACUAUAGACUUCGAUCUGCAUGCUGGGCACUUUAUAUUUCUUGAUGAACAUGCAAAAGAUGAACAUUUCAAGCCUUUGUUUGAACACAUCGGAAAGCUUGAGGAAGCUUUGUAUAACAUUCAGUUUGAGGAACAUUGGUUGGAGGCUCAGACGGACCGACAAGCAAUAGUAAACGAAAGAAUGAGCAGAAAGGCAAUCUACAAAGCUUUUUGGGAGUCUGUAGCUCUUAUUGGUGCCAGUCUUCUGCAAGUUUAUCUUCUUAAGCAUUUGUUUGAGCGGAAGCUGGGGCAGUCCAGAGUUUAAUCUUGGGUACUGAUAUAUCUAUUGUCCUUGUUAUAGGAAAAACUAAUAGAAAAUGUCAUCGAUCCUUUCAUUAUUUUUGCAAGUACAAAAAUUCCUAUCACCAAUAUUAUUAUGUGAAAAUUAUUUAAUUCUUUAUAUUAAUCAUCUCCCAUUCCGGGUGGUUGUGAGUUCCCUUAGAUGUGUGAAGGGAAGAGAGCUGAAACAUCCCAAUACUUAAAG